GCCAACUGUUGAGUUUCUUCCGCUUCCGAGAGUAAGAGCGAGAGAGUGAGAGGGCGAUGGCGAGAGUGAGAUGGUUCGAUGGGGCUUGGGAGAGCGUGGGCGGCAAAAGGGGAGUGGGAGUAAGAACGAUACGGCCUUUUUAGCCGCACGGCUCUCUCUCUUUCUCUCUCUCCCAUUUCGCCGGCAUCCAAGGGCUGCUUACAGGUGUUUAUAUAGCUUCGUGAUUUACCGAACUUCCCAGCCGAGAGCGUCCAUCUCGCUCCCACCGCCGACCUCCCGCCAUAGCGCUCUCUCGCUCGCAGUCGCUUUAUAUUCCUGGCGACGCUUCGCCUUCGCAUCAGUUUCGUUUGAAACGUCGACGAGGCGCGUUGUGGUCCAACCAAAAAUCAAAAAAACAAAACCGAACAGAACAGAACAAAACAGAACAAACCUCAUCUGCACAGCAGAACAGCGCCAAGCAGGCCAAACAUUCAAACUGAAAUUCAAAACUCUCAGAAGCCCUCAAGUUCUCCAAAUCAUCAUCGCCCAAAACAAAGUUCUACCAAACCAAAACCAAUUUAAAAAACACACUUAAAACUCUCAAUAUAUAAACAUACAACUCUUUUUUUGAUUGUGCUUCUAAGUGUUGUGCUGAAACUAUAUUAACUUGUACAAAAUAUUCAAAGAUAUUCAAAAGUAUUUAACCUAUAUUUGUAAAAUAACCACUUUAAGGCUAAGUAAACAAACUCAAACCUAAUCAAAAAACUAAAACAAAAACAAACUUUAAGCCACAACGCAGACAGUUUAAGAAAGUUUUGUGCUUUUUGAAUCCUAACUGUAACCGCGUAAAACGCACAAAAAUGUGCACGAAAUUCUCGCUUGACUCGAACGACUGAAAAGUUCGUUCCAUUGAAAACAAACACUUUAUGCGAAACGCGCCAAACUUUUGAUUAAUUAAAAGUAAAACAAAAACAAAAAGCCGACAGCCAACCAAGAACACUGGCUUCUGGCGACCAACAGGCAUCGAGAACAACCACAACAACGAGAGUCCUGAAACUCGCCCACAAACAACAACUUCACCUCCAGGAAGUUAAACAAAAACAAAAACAACAAAAAAAUACACAAACGAACAAAAAAAAACAAGUAGGAAAAAGCUAAACUUUGACAGAACAUCAACAUCGAAAUGGAAUUGGCCAUCAGAAUUGUCAAUCCGCAGUUAGCCCACUUCAGCAACAACAACAACAUCUAUAACAUCAUCAACAACAACAACAACAACAGUAUUUACAACAGCAAUAGCAGACAACUAAUAACCAACAGUAGCUGCAAUUGCAACAUCAACAACAACGACGAAAACAACAAUCCCAACAGUGACAACUAUUUAACAACGAUAAUAUCAACAGCGGCAAGAACUGCGAUAACCACAGGCAACAACCAACUGGCUGCAACAACUUGCAACAACUUAGCAGCAGCAAGAACAACAACGGCGACAACCACUCGAAAUGCAGCAGCAACAACCGUCCAACGACCAGCUGCUCGAGCCAAUUGCUUCCACCAGCAACGCGGCCAAAACUAAGCCGUCAAUUGGCAACAACAAUCCGGCAGUAACAACAACAACAGCAACAACAACCACCAACAAUUUCCACCAACAACUGCAGGCAACAACGGCAGCAACCAUGCAACGUCUACGAACAACUUUUACGCGUUCGCGCACUCCAACUGGAGCCGAAAUGAAGAUGCAGAACAGUCUGGAGGUUCCGAAGCAGGUGCGGUCGGCCUCCUUCGAUGAGAUGCAACUGGAGUCGCAGCGUGCCUCCUCCAGCCUGCUCAAGCAGCAAUCCUCGGCAGAAGAACGCUCCUCGGAGGCCGGCUUGUUGCAGGUUCCUUUGGCGGCUCAUCAACAACGCUCGCACAGCUUCGACUCGGCAACCGCUACGGGUGGCAGCGAUGAUUCCGGCACCUUCUUGGAGGUGCCGCCGCGUAUGAAGGACCGUCGCCGAAGUUCGUCCACCAAAACACCACCGCCCUGCGUCCACUGUCAGUAUGUGGAGGAGUACGAACGCCGGAUGACCGCCGAUCAGCGUUACUUCAUCGAUCACCGAGAGCUCUCGGCACUGAGCUAUAGCAACACCAGUUCGGAUGAGAGCGAGGACGAGGAGGACAACAACAAUCCCGAGGAGGAGGAGGAGGGCAGCACGGCCAUCGAGGAUGCCGAGGAGGAGACCACCGAGGCGGCAACCGAGGAGGCGGACGAGGAUCCUCGCACCGAAGUCGAAUCCGAGCACGAUCACGAUCCGGACGACGAUGCCGCCGUCGAGAUGGACAUUCGCAUUGGUAACAUCAGUCAGGGCAGUAGUAUCGAGGAGUCUCGAGCCCGCUUGCCGCGACAAAUGCGACGCCACACCAUUGGCAGCAGUUCGGUGACCUCCGCUUCGGAGGACGAAGGCUUGGAGGGAUCCGACAAUGGGUCACCGCACUUUGGCAACACCCUGUUGCCCCCGCAACCGGCAACACCGUGCGGCAUUACCUUCACGCUGAGUCCCACCAACGGGGAUUAUCCAUCGCCACCGCAUCUUCCAUUGGAUCCCGGCUCGCCACCGAUGUCCCCGUGCUCCUCCGCCUCGGGAAGACUACCGAUUUUGGCGCCCACUAUUUCCACGGCCUGCUCGUCGGCGGAUGCCGAUGAUGCCGGGGCAGCCAUGGGUUUGCCGGUCCGAACCCGUCGCCGUUCGAUUUCGCGACAGGAGGCCAUCUUUGUGGAGCCCACUGGCAAUUCACUCGAGAAUGUUUCGCACGAGGAGGUGGACAACAGCAACACCAAGUCAUCGGUGGACACGGCCGAUUCGCUGGAGGAGGCGUCCACCAUGGCCACCUGUGGUUCGCCAGGCGCUGUGGGUGGUGCCGGCACCUCUGGCGGUGGCCAUCACAAUGCUUUUGUGGUCAGGGAUAUAUAUCUAACCGUGCCCGAUUUGAAGCGAGAUCGUGCUGCCUCGGUGGACUCGUGCUUCUCGAAACUCUCGACGGGACCCAAAACGGAGGAGCUGCAACCGAGCGCCGAUGGCUGUUUCCUCACAGUUCCGAACAUUAAUGCAACGCGAUCGCGUUCCGUGGACAUCGUCCUGCCCACCGACGAGCAGGCCAGGUACAAGGCCUUGUCCAUGACAGGAUCUGGAGCCAACUACGCAGAUGGGCGUACCGCUUCGGCGAGCAACUCCCGGCGACCAAUUCGAAUUGUUCCCGACUGGACGGAGAAUGCGGUGCAGGGGGAGCACUACUGGAAGCCCACCUCGGCGUCCGGCGAUCUUUGUUGCCUCAACGAGGAGUGCAUUAAGAGUGGACAGCGGAUGAAGUGCUCCGCCUGCCAGCUGGUUGCGCACCACAACUGCAUUCCGUUCGUGAACGAGAAGGCCUCGCUGGCAUGCAAGCCAACCUACCGGGACGUGGGGAUCCGGCAGUACAGGGAGCAGACCACCACCCACCACCACUGGGUGCACCGCAAGCUGGAGAAGGGCAAGUGCAAGCAGUGCGGCAAGUUCUUUCCUAUGAAGCAGGCGGUGCAGAGCAAGCUCUUUGGUUCCAAGGAGAUUGUCGCGUUGGCCUGUGCGUGGUGCCACGAGAUCUACCACAACAAGGAGGCCUGUUUCAGCCAGUCCAAAAUCGGCGAGGAGUGUCGUCUCGGCAACUAUGCGCCCAUCAUUGUGCCGCCAUCCUGGAUUGUGAAGCUGCCGACGAAGGGGAACUUCAAGUCCUCGAUACGCGUGAGCAACAAGAACAAUGCGGCCUCAGGAUCGGGGGCUCGGCUUCAGGGGGGCGGAGGGGCUGGUGGCGGAGGGGGCGGGGGAAAGAGCAAGAAGCAGACGCAGCGGCGGCAGAAGGGAAAGGAGGAGAAGAAGGAGCCGCGGGCAUUCAUCGUAAAGCCCAUCCCGUCGCCGGAGGUAAUCCCGGUCAUUGUGUUUAUCAAUCCAAAGUCGGGCGGCAAUCAGGGCAACAAGCUGCUGGGCAAGUUCCAGCAACUGCUCAAUCCCCGCCAGGUCUUUGAUUUGACGCAGGGCGGCCCGAAAAUGGGCUUGGACAUGUUCCGCAAGGCACCGAAUCUGAGGGUUUUGGCCUGUGGAGGUGACGGCACUGUUGGCUGGGUCCUGUCCGUCCUGGAUCAAAUCCAGCCGCCACUUCUUCCGGCUCCGGCUGUUGGCGUCCUGCCCUUGGGAACCGGAAAUGAUCUCGCUCGCGCUCUCGGAUGGGGAGGGGGCUACACGGACGAGCCGAUUGGGAAGGUCCUGCGCGAGAUUGGGAUGUCGCAGUGCGUGCUCAUGGAUCGCUGGAGGGUGAAGGUCACGCCCAACGAUGACGUCACCGAUGACCAUGUCGAUCGGAGCAAGGCGAACGUUCCGUUGAACGUCAUCAACAACUACUUCUCGUUCGGCGUGGACGCCCACAUCGCCUUGGAGUUCCACGAGGCACGCGAGGCACAUCCGGAGCGCUUCAACUCGCGGCUGCGCAACAAGAUGUACUACGGCCAGAUGGGCGGCAAGGAUCUGAUCCUGCGCCAGUACCGCAACCUCUCGCAGUGGGUGACGCUCGAGUGCGACGGCCAGGACUUCACCGGCAAGCUGCGCGACGCCGGCUGCCAUGCGGUCCUCUUUCUGAACAUUCCGAGUUAUGGCGGUGGCACGCACCCGUGGAACGACUCCUUCGGCGCCUCAAAGCCCUCGAUUGACGAUGGCCUAAUGGAGGUGGUGGGUCUGACCACCUACCAGCUGCCGAUGCUGCAGGCCGGAAUGCACGGCACCUGCAUUUGCCAGUGCCGCAAGGCGCGCAUCAUCACCAAGCGAACUAUUCCGAUGCAAGUGGACGGGGAGGCAUGUCGCGUCAAGCCAUCGGUGAUUGAGAUCGAGCUGCUCAACAAGGCUCUCAUGCUCUCCAAACGAAAGCAUGGACGUGGCGAUGUCCAGGUAAAUCCGCUGGAAAAGAUGUCGCUGAACAUUUUGAGGGUGACGAUGCAGCAGUACGAGCAGUACCACUACGACAAGGAGAUGCUGCGCAAGUUGGCCAACAAACUUGGCCUAAUCGAGAUCGAAUCGCAGUGCGAUCUGGAGCAUGUGCGCAAUAUGCUCAACGCCAAGUUCGAGGAAUCCAUCUCGUAUCCAAAGGUCUCACAGGAUUGGUGCUUCAUCGAUUCCUGCACCGCGGAGCACUUCUUCCGCAUCGACCGUGCCCAGGAGCAUUUGCACUACAUCUGCGACAUCGCCAUCGACGAGCUGUACAUUCUGGACCACGAGGCGGCCACCAUGCCGCAGACACCGGAUCAGGAGCGCUCCUUUGCGGCGUUCUCGCAGCGGCAGGCGCAGAACGAGCGGCGCCAGUUGGACCAGGCCCAGGGACGCGGACCGGGCAGCACCGAUGAGGAUUUGCAAAUUGGCUCCAAGCCCAUUAAAGUGAUGAAGUGGAAGAGCCCUAUACUGGAGCAAACUUCCGAUGCCAUACUACUAGCAGCCCAGAGCGGCGAUCUCAAUAUGUUACGUGCACUACAUGAACAAGGAUACUCACUACAGUCAGUGAACAAAAACGGACAGACGGCGUUGCACUUCGCCUGCAAAUACAACCACAGGGACAUUGUCAAAUACAUCAUCGCAUGCGCCACACGACGCGUCAUCAACAUGGCCGACAAGGAGCUUGGACAGACAGCGCUGCACAUUGCCGCCGAGCAGAACCGUCGCGAUAUCUGCGUGAUGCUGGUGGCCGCCGGGGCCCAUCUGGACACCCUGGACUGGGGCAAUACACCGAUGAUGGUGGCAUUCAACAAGAACGCCAACGAGAUAGCCACGUACUUGGAAAGUAAGCAGGGUGCACCGAUCGUCGUGGGCUGGCCCGAUGAAUCGGAAAUGGAAACGGAACCGGAACCGGAACCAGAUGAGGAACCGGGACCGAGUAAAAAAAUCCCCGGAAGCUCCCUCCAUGUAGAGCAAUCGCUAGACAAACUUACACGUAGUGGGGCUAAACUCACAACUCACCCCGGACAUACCGACAAACUAUAUAUAAUAAUCAAUCACAAAGCCAGAAUAUCCGUAAAUCCGUAAAAACGUAAUGCAAGAAAAACAUAGAACUUAAUUUUAACAUUGCAAAUUUCUCCUUUCUAUGCCAACUACGAACAAACAAAUGGAAUAUGUCUUGUACAUAACGCAACCAACCUAAUCAAAUCGAACAAAAUCAAAUCAAAUUAAAUUAAAUCUACAUUCCACUACGAAAACUAAAACUUAGGUCAAGAGCGUUUUAUGCAUCUGGAGGUGCAGACAAGGAUCUAAGUGGAUCAAAUUCACCCUACAACAUAGUAAACCUAAUGAUAAUCGCUUUUUUUUCGGCAAUUUUUUUGUGUUAGCAAGUACGAGAAAAAUCUAAUUUAAUCUAAGCAAGAAAAAUACAUACAAAAGUAAAAAAAAACACACACACUCAACACAUUUAGAGCAUAAGAAAACGAUUGAUUAGUUUAUUAACGUAAGGAAAAGCUAGCAAAACGAAAGGCAACAUUUGUCCCAAAAAUUCAAUUUUUAAUUACCUUACGAAAAACGCAAAAAAAAGCAACAAAAUAUAUACAAAAUGGAAAAGCAAAUGCAAAUGGAAAUUCGAAAUUUAUUUGUUUUCACUUACCGUUUGAUUAACGAUUAAUGAUUAUAUUGUGAUAUCUAAAUUAAUUAAUAUAUUGGACUAGAGAGCGAGAACGAAAGCAAAUCGAAAUUGAUAUUCGCUAAGGUAAUACUAACCAACCCAAAAAAGGAAAAGAAAGAAAACAAAAAACAAACACACACAGAGACACAUUAAGCAAAUAUAUCGCCUAUAUAUAUUAUAUACGUUUAA